ACAUAAAGAGAUUCGAGGGCCUUUUUGAAGGGGCAGGGCCGGGUCGGCGCGCAGACGUUCUUGCGCAGCGGGUCGCGGGGCGCCCGGGGGCGGCCCAGUCCCGCGCCGAGCGCCGCUCGGGCCGGCCGCGUCACGAGCCGCAUGAGCGCGCCGGAGUGCUAGCGCAGGUGCGCGGGUGUGGUAUGCCCGCGCGUCGCCGCCAUGGCCCCUCUGCUGGUGGCCUUGGCGCUGAUGACCUUGCUGCCCGUGUCGGAGCAAGGUCCCCACGAGAAGCGUCUACUGAACGCUCUGCUAGCGUCAUACAACACGCUGGAGCGGCCGGUAGCCAACGAGAGCGAGCCGCUGGAAGUCAAGUUCGGCCUGACGCUGCAGCAGAUCAUAGAUGUGGACGAGAAGAAUCAACUACUUAUAACCAAUAUAUGGCUGUCAUUGGAAUGGAACGACUACAACCUGAGGUGGAACGAUAGCGAGUACGGCGGCGUGAAAGAUCUGCGCAUCACACCCAACAAGCUAUGGAAACCAGAUGUUCUUAUGUAUAAUAGUGCUGAUGAGGGUUUUGACGGGACCUACCAGACCAAUGUGGUGGUCAGAAACAACGGCAGUUGCCUGUACGUGCCUCCGGGCAUUUUCAAGAGCACAUGCAAGAUAGACAUCACGUGGUUCCCCUUCGACGACCAACACUGUGACAUGAAGUUCGGUAGCUGGACCUACGAUGGCAACCAGCUGGAUCUGGUGCUUAAGGAUGAGAAUGGUGGCGAUUUGUCCGACUUCAUUACAAAUGGAGAGUGGUAUUUAAUAGGAAUGCCAGGAAAAAAGAACACGAUAACAUAUGCGUGUUGUCCAGAGCCUUACGUGGAUGUAACUUUCACCAUAAUGAUAAGAAGAAGAACGUUAUACUACUUCUUCAAUCUCAUAGUUCCAUGUGUCCUUAUCUCUUCGAUGGCUCUGCUGGGCUUCACUCUUCCACCGGACUCUGGAGAAAAAUUAACACUCGGAGUCACUAUUCUUCUCUCGCUGACGGUGUUCCUCAACCUGGUAGCCGAGACCCUGCCGCAGGUCUCCGACGCGAUCCCCUUGUUAGGUGUUACGAUCCUCCUGUCGCAAACAGUUUUCUCCCUAUUGGUGGGGCACGUUAUCACAAAAACGUCAGAGGCCAUCCCCCUGAUAGGGACGUAUUUCAACUGCAUAAUGUUCAUGGUGGCGUCGUCGGUGGUGCUAACUGUCGUGGUGCUGAACUACCACCACCGCACCGCCGACAUACACGAGAUGCCACAGUGGAUAAAAUCCGUGCUCCUGCAAUGGCUGCCAUGGAUACUGCGGAUGUCGAGGCCGGGCAAGAAGAUCACCCGCAAGACCAUCAUGCUGUCCAACCGGAUGCGUGAGCUGGAGCUAAAGGAGCGCUCGUCGAAGUCGCUGCUGGCCAACGUGCUGGAUAUAGACGAUGACUUCCGGCACGGUCCGCCAGCGCCUAACAGUACGGCGUCGACGGGGAACCUCGGGCCAGGCUCCCCCAGAUGCUCCAUCUUCCGCACCGACUUCCGGCGCUCGUUCGUGCGUCCGUCGACGAUGGAGGACGUGGGCGUGGGCCACCACCGAGAGCUGCACCUGAUCCUGAGGGAGCUGCAGUUCAUCACGGCGAGGAUGAAGAAGGCGGACGAGGAGGCGGAGGUCAUCAGCGAUUGGAAGUUCGCGGCUAUGGUUGUGGACAGGUUUUGCCUGUUCGUGUUCAGCCUGUUCACGAUCAUCGCGACGGUGGCGGUGCUGCUGUCCGCGCCGCACAUCAUCGUACAGUGAGGCCGCACGCGCCCCACGCACCGAGAGAGAACUAUGCUUAACGUAGACUACGAUACCAUGCGCCCCUAUCAAAAUGGCCACCUCGGGCGGCGUAAUAGGUCAAUCUGACGACACCUUGAUCAUCUCAUUCUGACCUAUUACUGAGCGCCUAUUAUUGUUACCUGUGGCGCAGUGGAUACGUCUAAUUUUAAAACUGUAUAAUAUUAUAUCUUAAUACGUGGUUCAAGCGCACACGGUCCCUAAACCAAGUCGAAAGACGGUAAAUAUAAAUAACAUACGUUACGUAGUAAGUCCGACAUAAUUAUAAAAUGAUUGUGAUGUUGACUAGGAUGUUAUACAGAUAAACGUUGACAAUUAUAAUUUGUUAAAAAUGUAAUAAUAUUACUAAUUAAAGGUAAAAGAGGUUUUAAUGAAUUGUUUUAAAGGUACGCUCGAAAGGUAUGGCUCCGUGCGGCAUAGAUUUUUGUUCUAAAAAUUUUAAUAAGCAAUUUACGAAAUAUACAACUGAUAUUGAAGAAUUUUACUGACAAAUUAUUUAUUUAAUACAGUUUAAUACAUGCACAAUCGACAUAUAUAUUUUGUAUUGGCGUUUAAGAUAGUUGUUAAUUUUGGAAUUGGGAUCUUAGAGGCGAGAGGGACGUCGCCCGCUCGGGUCGUAAUCCUUUAAGCAAAUGAGGGAUCACAGAUGAUGACAUUACCUUAGGGUAGUAAGUAACGUGUAUAUAACAUAAAGGAUCAAAUAUUGGUAGACUCGACUUAUAAUACGUCGUUAAGGUUAUGUUUUAAGAUAUUUCUAUACGCGAGUACGCGUCUCGAGCGACGUGACGCGUAUAUCCGGGGUCUCAGUUCACUUGUUUACCUUUAAUUUCCGUUGGAGCUCCAGGAAUUGUUUAAGUCGUGGAAUUGAUACAAAAUAAACAAUUAACAUGAUGGAACCAAAGUAACGAUAGAUAGUUAAAAUUAUUGUAAAACAAAACCUUAAACUAAAUGUAAAAUCAUCAAUUACAUCUCAAUUGUGUAACUGAGCAUAACCGCAGUAUUAAGGACGUAGAUAAAUUGGAACGUAUUCAAAUUUAUUCGAGUCAUUGAGCGUAAGCACGACACGAAAUACUAGGAGCAUUCUAGUGGUUAUUUUAUCUAGUCCCUUUAGCGACCUAGCGAGCGCGGCAUCGACGCAUUUGGGAAACGUUUAUCAAUAAUGUACAUAAUAGUUAUCAAUUAUUAACGUGUGUAUUUGUACAUAAUAUCAAAAAAUGCAGCAAAAAUAAAUAUUAUUAAUUUUGGAACAGUUACUGGUACGAAUUGCGAAUUUAUUGUAAUUAACUAGUUUCAGCAUGAAAGGAAAUUUUUUAAAUGAUUUAUCUGUUUUGAUAAGGUAAACGCCUGUCUUCACAGCACGCUCUGUACUUUCCGGUAGGUAGUGCCGUCGACCCGUAUACCUUAUGCACUGCAGCGGUUGCAGCAACGCGCGCAGCAACAGCUCGCCACGCUCCCGUAGAGACCUAUUCGCCCUCUAGCACGUAUUGUAGCAACUAAACUAUAUCGUAUAAUAGUCGUAUUAUUUAAUGAAAAUAACACUAAUUCACGUCUUAAUCUAUGUCCGUUCCUCAAUUUCGCUCUUAUAGAUGUCGUGAUAGCCUAGUGAAUGUCGUGUCCCUUAAUAAAAAUAAGGCUAUGGUUAUAAAGGAAAUAUGUUAAGGAAGCUCACUAGUUUAGAAUAAAAUUUUAUGCAUCUCGGUGUGUUCUUUCUAAUACAAUAUAAAAUAAGAAAUCGUUUUAUGUUUAUCAUCGAACAACGUUAGUAGGGAUCGCUGAAUGGUUAUUUGGUUUAUGUGUGUUUGUUAAUAUUACUUAAUACCUAGUUAAUAUUUAGCGAAUAUUUUAAAGUACUUUAAUAUUAUUUUGUAACUUUCACGUAGGAUCAAAUUUGUUCGAUUAGUCCAUUUUAUAUACAUAUUUCAAUAUAGUUUUGAAUUGAUCGCGUGGUGCUCAAAUAAUAUCAUGAAAGCAAAUUUUAACUUCGUAUAUUUGUUACAAAACUACAACAUUUUAAUUCUAUAUUAAGCUUAUAUAAGUAGUCCAAUGUAUCAAAAUGUUUUAGUUAACCUUAUACUUUUCAUAAUUAUGUUUUACUGUCAUAAAUGAUGUGUAAAAGUAACACUGUACUUACCUACCUAUUUCUGUCGAAAUUAUAUAAUAAUAAGGAAAAAUGAAAUUGUAAAAUUAAUUGAUAUAUAUUUAAUUAGAUUUGUUAGUGCCAAAAAAUAGGGUUUAUAAAUGAUAAAUUAAGUUGAAUUAUAGGGGUAUAAAUAAAGGAUAACGUUGAGGAUUUUAUUGUAAAAUAAUAAAAAAAACGAACUAGGGUCUUUGUUAACAAGUAAUUUAACGUUAAUGUUGUCGGGACAUCGGGUCGCCACGACAGAGCAUCAGCCAGUUUUAAAAGCUUAUUUUGUUAAAAAAAUUAUGAGGUUGUGAAACGAUUAUAAUUCUUGUGGUCGCGACCCAAUGUCUCAUUAAAACAAAGUUAAGGACAGAUUGUGGGAGUGGACUCGUAAAUUUAUGUAACAACGUCUUGAAUUAAGUACCGACGCUAAAAAGAAUCCACGCCAAGUUGCUUUUGGAUAAAAAUAGGGACUUACAACCUCCAUUAAAAUUUUGAUCACAUUAAAUUAAACGUUAAUGUAACCAAACGCUACUUGAGAAAACUUUCUCAUUUCCGAGCCUACUCUCACAAUAAGUCUUCAGCUUAAAUUUUAAACGCGAGUAGAAUAUUUUCUACAAAUAAUAAAUGCUAUAAAAAACGCCUGCUUUGGACCGGGUCACAACUAAACAAAAAUGAACUGACGCACAUUUUCAUCUGCAGACUUUACAAGUUCUCUUUUUAAGUUUUAAUGCUUUAAGCUCGACCGCCGAGGCAUAUUCAUGGGAGAACUUUCAAGUUACGGGCAAAGUUUGUACGAGAUUUGCCUUUCCAUGUAGUUUUAACAGAAGUGUGGUAAACCUUGGAAGUAAUUUUCUUUACGAGCUUUCCUUCAUAAGAGACAACAAGUCAAUAUAAAGUAAGUUUUACAGCUCUUCGCAACUUAUAACCUUCUUGACGCAAAGUACACAAACUGAAGGCAACAGGCGCGUCCGAUACGCAUUUCCCGGAAUUUCCUCACAUUCUCCCGCCUGAUGCGGCGUCAGCCAUUUUGUAAACACGCACCGUACGAAAUGGCGCGUGCCAAAUUCGUAUAGUUUACUUUGUUAUCUUUUUAUAAAGAAUUAAUAAUAUAACACUGCCAGUAAGCGCAAGUUAAGUGGGGUUUUGUGGUUUUUCCUAUUUUAAGAAAUCACUCCAGCUUUAAAACGAUUCAUACAUUUGCAUGUAUAACGCUCAAACGCUGGUUACAAACACUUGAAAUUUGCACAUGAAUUGUAUUUAUAUAUUAGUUGAAAGGCCAAAUCACAUAAACUUUAGCCAAAAGUAAUCAGUGUUUUCCUGCCUUGUUCUCUCAACUCGCGUCUUGUUUUAGGCAAUAGCACCAACACCUCUUUCCGAAUUUCGCUUCAACACUAAGGAACCACUAUACACUUUACCGUAUUUAAAAAUGUCUAUAUUUAAAUAUACAUAAAUCUUUUCAUGGUGUUUAAAUGGCAUACAAAUAUGAAUUUAAUAAGGUUUGUCUUAGCAACAUUUUUAGUAAAAUCACAACUCGAGACUCGAGUCAGUUCUCAGGAUGAACUUUGACAUAAUAUGUCUACCUGUAGGCUAUUUCGUCAAAAUUUGCCUUUACUUUUGAUUUUGAAAAUCAUACUAAUAGCCUAGUAACAAAAUUAUUUAAGUAUAUAAAUAACUACUACUAGUUCACUUUGUAUGCCCUGAAAACAUUAUUCAUCACUGCACAAUAGGGAACUAAAUGCUUUAAUCUCGAAACAGGUAUUUUGGACUCUAAUGUACAUUCUCUACCACUCACGCUGUAUACUAAUAAAUUAAUUAAUUAAUUUGAUACAAUGAACUCUUACAAUGAACGUGGCUGAAAUUUCAUAAUAAAUAUAAGUUGUA